AUGAAUGACAUAAAGACUGAUGAUUAUUUUGGCAAUAUUAGACUAACAGAAAAAGAUGUAUUAAUAGAUGAUCAAAAUUAUAUUAUUUCAAUUAGAAAUGUUCAUAAGACAUAUCUUUUAGGAAUAGAAGGAGUUGCAGCGUUACGAGGAGUAAGUUUAUCAGUAAAAAAAGGAGAAUUUGUAUGUAUUUAUGGAACAAGUGGAGGAGGAAAGACAACAAUGUUAAAUUUAAUAGGAACAAUUGACAAACCAUCAAAAGGAGAUAUUUUAUUAUGUGAUAAAAGGAUAACGGAAGAAACUAAAGACAGACUAUUAAGCUUUUUAAGAUUACAAAAGAUUGGAUUUGUUUUUCAAACAUUUAAUUUAAUAGCAUCAAUGACUGCAAUAGAAAAUGUUGAAUUACCAAUGAUUUUAUUAGGAAAAUUAUCAGCAAAAGAAAGAAAGGAAAGAGCUAUCAAAUUAUUAAAAAAAGUUGGAAUGGAAAAACGAAUCAAUCAUAAACCAUCUCAAAUGUCUGGAGGUGAACAACAAAGAGUUACAAUAGCUAGAGCAUUAGCAAAUGAACCAGAAUUAUUAUUACUUGAUGAACCGACAGGAGAUCUUGAUUCGUAUAAUACAGGAAUAGUUAUGGAAUUAUUACUUCAAUUACAUAAAGAAGGAAUGACAAUGUUAAUGGUUACACAUGAUGUUUCAUUAAAAAAUUUAUCAGAUAGAAUUGUAUGGAUGAGAGAUGGUAAAGUAGGAAAAAUAGAAGAAGUAACAAAAGAAAAAAGAAUAGAAGCAUUAAAAGUUAUUUCAGAUAAAGUAAAAUUAAAAAGAAUUGUAAUAGAAAAAGACAUUAACAUUAUUACAGAAAUUAGAACUCCAGAAGAUUAUGCACCAAUUAAAUUUCAAAACGAAUUCUUACAAUUAAAGUAA